ACACCGUCUUCUUCUUCUUCUUCUUCUUCUGCUUCUGUCGAGGUCUCGACAUUCCGCUAGACAAAAUCACCGAGAGACGGAGAGAUGGGCGGCGGAGGAGGAGGAGGGAACAUGCUGAGGCCCGCCGUCGGCCGAGCAUCCGCCAGGAGCGGCGGCGGCGCCGGGCUUCGCGAGCCCUUCUCUGCUGCUGCUGCUGCCGCCGCUAACCCCAAUUCUGCUCCUGCCGCUCCGAAUUCAACGUCGGCGAAAUCUGCCGCUUCUCCUUCUUCUAAGAAGCAGAAGAAACCCCACAAGCUCGAUCCCUCUCACCACCGCCACUACUCUCUCUCUUCUUCUUCUGCUUCUGCUCCUUCCUCUGCCUUCAACAAUCUCCCCUGGCCUCCUGCUGCUGCUGCUGCUGCUGCUACCUCUGGCGUCAUACUGCCCACUUGGCCGCCGUAUCCUUCUGCACCCCAGCACGACGAUAGUGAAUGGGUAUACGUGGAUGGGAAUGGUGAGAUUGCAGUUGAGUAUUUCGAUGACCUCGUUCUCGGUCCUGUUCCUUCCAAGUGCGAGGUCGAAAACGCCGUCUCUGCUCUUCAACAGGUUUUUGACUCCACUCCCUAUCCCCAGAUCAGGGAUAGAUUUGGUCUUCCGAUGGAUAAGCAAAUAGAAAAUGAAUCUGAAAGCCAAUCAAGUUUAUUGGACCAGAAUUCUGGUGUUGGCUCAGAGCUUGGCCAAGUUGACACUGCUAAUGCAUCUGAUAUAAGAACACUGCAUCCUUAUGGGCCUGAGAGAGUCUAUGAUGCUUUUGAUAUGUUACGGAAUGAGCCAGCUGUUCAGAGAAUGGUCGUUUCAUUAUCCUCAGAUAGUGCUGUUUGGAAUGCUGUAUUGAACAAUGAGGUGGUAAAAGAGCUCAGGGAGUCAUAUCAUGCAGCUGAAAGUGAUGGCCAUCCAGAGGAAAGUCCGAAAGAGAGUCUGGAAGGAAGUCCAGAUAAUUCUAACCCUAUCUUCAAUGCGGUGAGAUGGUUGUUUGACAGUACAAGGGUAAAGCUCAUGGGAAUGAUGGAGAGUAUGGCAAACCUACGUGGAAAAAUCUUCAAGCUGCCUGCUGGUAACCCAGAGAGAAAAGAUCUCUUCGGAGAAAAGCUGAGAACAUCAUUUCUCCUCUCAAUCGUGGUCCUGGUCGUUGUGGUCGUCGCUCGAGCCCGCAGAGGCUGAUCAAUCAUUUGCCGACAUGACUCUGUAUGAAAGUAAUGACUACUUCCCGUAUGGUGAGAUGUUUGUGGAGUUUAUGUUCACUCGAGAAACUACCAUGGUUCUGUACAGUUGGACUAUAUCCCUGCAUGCUUUUACUUGUAAAGCAGUGAUGCGAGGUUUCUUUUA